AUGAGGAUAAGGGGUACCAGAGAAGGUGCUGGAGAUUGGAGGUGGAGGUGGACUGGAGGUAUACCGGAGGAUAUGGUGGAGGACUACCUCCUCCUUCGACUCUCUCCCACUCUUCCUCCCAUCUACGUCCACAUCACCUCUGGAACUCCUACAUUGUUUUGGACAUACCUCAACUCUCACUCCUACCUCCAGACCUCCCCUACCACACCUCCACCUCCUUGGACCUCUUGUUCAAAGGAUAUGGAUCUACUUGUUGUUGGUAACCCUCAACUUGCCUAUCCACCCUCCUUCUUACUUCUGGUCUCCGCAGCUCCAGCACCUCCAGUCAUGUACCUCCAGUACCUCCCCACUCCUACCUUACCUCUGGUCAUGUUAUUCUUUAUUGUUUUAUCAUUUGAUAUUUUCUACAACCCCAAUCUUCAGGACUACAACUUCCAGGCUCCAGACCUUUCCAGACAUCUUCCCCUGUAG